AUGGAGGGCGUAGCAGUCGAGCAUCAGUACUCGCGGACGCCUCCGAUGCCAUCCACCGAGACGGUCAUGGCUGCUCUUCCACCAAAAGAGGCGUCGGAGAAGCGAGAGCUGCCUCACCACCCGAUGCUCAGCACGGCCGCGCUGCUGAACCCCAUCAUCGAGAAGACGCCGCCGCCGCUUGUUGCAGAGCCCGUGCCACUGCAUCCGCAUUCUCAAGCCCAGCGUUCGCCGCAGCCUCAGUCGCUGCAUUCGCAAUCAACCACGCACUCGCUCUCGCGCUCUCCAGUCGAGAUGGCGCCUUCAGCAUCGACAACGCCUCCGCGAGAGCCCAUCGACGGAUCCGCCAUGAAUGACGCAGCAAAGUGA